CUUUGUUUAGUUUCCCUGGCAACAAACAGAUGGCUAGCUAGCUAGCUAGCUACGUUAUCAACGGAUUGUUUUUUUUUGUUUUAUAUAGCCAUCUAUAGCGUUUCAUUUGUUGAUUUAAGUCUUAUCCAGACGGAUCUAUCAAACACUCAGCUGUAUAGCUAACUAGUAAUGGCAAGCAACAACAUAUGGCUCACCUUAUCGAAAUAAAACCAAGAUAGAAAUAUACGUUUUUUUAUAUAUUUUAGUAGUAACGUUUAGAUUUGUAAAGUGCUGGUAGUUAUUUUAAAAGUGUUUUUAUUUUUUAUUUUAGCAGUAACGUUUAGAUUUGUAAAGUGAUGGUAGUUAUUUUAGAAGUAUAUAUAUAUAUAUGUUUUUUAAUGUAUUUUAGCAGGAACGUUUAGAUUUGUAAAGUGAUGGUAGUUAUUUUAGAAGUAUAUAUAUAUAUAUAUAUAUUUUUUUAAAAUUUAUUUUAGCAGUAACGUUUAGAUUUAUAAAGUGAUCGUAGUCGGGACAAAAACGUUGAACCCGGAGUGAAGAGAGGCGGAUUACAAGCACCACACACGGAGUUGCGUACACCGUCAGCGCUGAAUCGGUUAUAUCCCCCCCAGUGUAAGCGACAAACGCAGAGGAGACCGGACCGGACAGGACAGCAACGGAUUUUCAAAUAUCCACGUUCAUCAAACGCAUUGAGACUACACCGUCGUCAUGGCGACACCGAUGAAUUGUUCAGAGUAAUUUGACCAGCGACUCAAAGCGAACAUGAAAUUGCUUGUUUUUCUUGCUUUGAUCCAUUUUCCAUUUAGUCGAGGUGUGAGGGAUAUACCGAGACUCGUCUUGAGACAAGACGGAAUAGAAGACAGGCUGGAAUAUAACAUUACUCAGAACCACACAGUCUUCUUCCAGCCAGAAGAUGGUGAUGAGCUGUAUGUUGGAGGCACAGACUUUGUCUUUCAGAUUGAUGUGGAGUACAGUCGAAUCAUAGAGUUGUUCCCACUCGGCACGACAGGUGGACAGACCUGUGGAGAGGGUCCGUGUAAGAAUGUCAUCACUGUUAUCCAGAAGUUUCAGGACAGUCUGUUUGUCUGUGGGACCAACGGGAACGAGCCCCAGUGCUGGAAGCUGUAUUCUCAGAUGCCCAAUCACACACUUGAGAUAGUCGAAAGUUACGAAGGCACUGGACUCUCUCCUUACGUUUACUCCCAGAAUGCACUCUCCCUCACUGUAGAGGGAGACCUGUACUCUGCUGCCCCUUUAUACAGCGAUGGGAGCUCACUGCAGUUCAGAAGGAAAGCUGGCAGCAGAACCAACGUUUGGAUGUAUGACAAGUGGGUGACCGAGCCCACGUUCAUCUCCGCCUGCUGGGUGAGACGUAAGGAGGAGCCAGACAACGAGAAGAUAUAUGUCUUCUUCAGGGAGAAGAACUCUGACAGCAGCCCUGAAGCUGAUCACUGGAUCUCUAGAGUGGCACAAGUCUGUAAGGUGGAUGAAGGCGGUUCUAAGCGGUUCUUGCAGAACAUGUGGACGUCGUUCCUGAAGGCUCGGCUGGUGUGUGGGAUUCCCAACGACUCGCUCUACUUUAACCGUCUCCAAGACGUCUACGUGCUUCACGCGGAGGAAUGGAGAGACUCGCGAGUCUAUGCUCUGUUCACUAGCAGCUGGAAUGGCACAGCUGUCUGCAUCUACUCCAUGGAAGAGAUCGACAGGAUAUUUCAGGAGUCUCCCUUCAGGGGAUACAAUAAAGACAUUCCCAACCCAAGACCUGGAACAUGUGUGUCUAACAGUAAAGGCCUGCCAUUGGCUACAGUGACCAUGAUAAAGGAUCACCCAGAGAUGACAGACUGGAUCCAGCCCAUCCAGCCCUACACCCCAUUCUACAUCUCUAACUAUAACUACACCAAGAUAGUUGUGGACAGAGUCCAGGCGGCAGACCACACCAUGCACAACGUCCUGCUGCUAGCAACUGACACUGGAAUGAUCCACAAGAUCUUAAAUGAUCAUUUUAAACCUUUCAUCAUCUCAGAGACUCGUCUCUCCAACCACUCUGACGUCAUCGGAUCAAUGAAACUGGACUCUAGAAAGAGGAAGCUGAUGGUGAGUUUGUCGGAGCAGAUCUCCAUUCUGGACCUCCAGAGGUGUCAGGACUAUAACCGAUCCUGUGCUGAGUGUGUUCUGGCCAGAGACCCGUACUGCGCCUGGACAGAGGCUGGGUGCAAACCCACCGUCCCGGGAGGCAUUCAAAAUAUCGAUGGAGGAGAAACUAAUGUGUGCCUUAAAACAGCAGAAGUUAAAAUACCAGAAGAACCAAAGAAGCCCACCACCAACAGGACCAGACGUAACACCCAGCCCUCCGGGCCGCCCUCCUCGUCGCUGAACGCCCUCGGCGCAUCGGUCCACUCUGUGCCCCUGGACGUCCCCUUCUACCUGUCCUGUCCCGUAGACUCCUACCACGCCCACUACAGCUGGGAACACCUGGGCAAGACACUCCCCUGUCUGAGGCUACAGGCCAGCUGUCUCCAUCUCAUCCCCUCCAUGCAGACAGAGCACUAUGGGCACUAUCAGUGUGUCUCAAAGGAGAGAGACUAUACCAGGGUGGUGAGGGUGGUCCGAGCUACACAGCUGCUGAGUAACCACAACCCAAGCGUAAUCAGCAGGCCUGCCAGACCGGUGAGACCCGCCAGUACUGACGUACAGGACUCUGAGAACAACGGAGCGGUUAUGGUAAUGCAGGCGGGAUGUUUCGUGACCUUUGCAGCUUUGCACGUUGUCGUGCAACUUCUGCAAUAAAUCACGUCCACGUGGAUUUCAUCGUGAUAUGACCCUUUUACAUCUGUACUCUGUAACGGAUCUACAGCGCAUUCAGAAAGUAUUCAGACCCCCUUGACCUUUUUUCCACAUUCUGUUGCGUUACAGGCUUAUUCUAAAAUGGAUUAAAUAAAAAUAAAUAUCCUCAUCAAUCUACACACAAUACCCCAUAAUGUCAAGGCAAAAACAGGUUUCUAAAAAUGUUUUGCUAAUGUAUUAAAAAUCAGAAAUACCUUAUUUACAUAAGUAUUCAGACCCUUUG